AAAAUAAAAUGAAUGGAAAGAUAUUUCUGCCAAUUUAUCUAUUGCAGGGAAGCAAAAUACAGACAAGAGUCGGAUUACUAAUGUUGCUUUGUACCUGGCUAAGCAACUGUCCCAUUGCAGUAACACAUUUUCUUCACAAUUCUGCCAAUGUUCCAUUUCUUACAGGACAGAUUGCAGAAAACCUUGGGGAAGAAGAGCAGUUGGUCCAAGGCUUAUGUGCCCUUCUGUUGGGUAUUUCAAUUUACUUCAAUGAUAACUCACUUGAGAACUACGUGAAGGAGAAACUAAAACAACUAAUAGAGAAGAGGAUUGGCACAGAGAAUUUCAUAGAGAAACUAGGAUUUAUUAGCAAACAUGAAAUGUACUCCAGAGCAUCACAGAAACCCCAGCCAAACUUUCCCAGUCCAGAAUACAUGAUAUUCGAUCAUGAAUUCACAAAGCUGGUACAAGAACUUGAAGGUGUUAUAACUAAGGCUAUUUAUAAGUCCAGUGAAGAAGACAAAAAGGAAGAGGAGGUAAAGAAAAUAUUAGAGCAGCAUGACAACAUCGUGACUCACUAUAAAAAUAUGAUUCGAGAACAAGUAAGUACACAAAUAGAAGAAUUAAAAAGUAACCAGGAACUUUUGCAAAGCCAGUUGGCUGAAAAGGACUCUUUGAUUGAAAAUUUGAAAUCUCCAACAUCUGGCAUGAAUGAGCAGUCUUCAGCAACAGCCUCAGCUAGAGAUUCUGAACAAGUUGCAGAAUUAAAACAGGAGGUGGCAGCAUUGAAGGCUCAGCUAAACGCAAAGUCUGUAGAGAUUACACGACUACAGACAGAAAAGCAUGACUUACUACAGAAAACAGAAGCAUUUUCAAAAUCAGUUCCUGUACAAGGAGAGAGUGAAAAUGUAAUAGCUGCUAAAACUACUGAUGUAGAAGGAAGACUAUCUGCAUUACAACAAGAGACCAAAGAACUAAAGAAUGAAAUUAAAGCUCUGUCUGAGGAAAGGACUGCCAUUAAAGAGCAGCUGGAUUCAUCUAACAGCACAAUUGCCAUUUUACAAAAUGAGAGGGACAACGAGUCGGAAAUCACAGAUUCUAAGAAAGAACAAGAUGACCUCCUGGUGCUGCUGGCUGAUCAAGACCAGAAAAUACUGUCGCUGAAGAGCAAACUCAAGGACCUCGGCCAUCCAGUUGAAGAAGAGGAUGAACUCGAAUCUGGAGACCAAGAAGAUGAGGAUGAAGAAAAUGAAGAGAUCAAGGACCAGGAUAGUAUCUAGCGUUAAACUCUAGGAAUGGUAGAGGUUGUCUUGUUACUUGGAAGACAGAGUUUGAAACAGUGCUUUGUUGCCUUCCACCGAAAAUAAAUAUUUAGAAAACAAGUGGAAACAUUCACUAAUAAGACUUUUGAUGUAUUUUUUAAAUGUUGCCACCCAUGUUGAAAAUGCUAAACCCCUUAACUUUAUGUGGAACACAUGUUUUAUUUAAAUUUCUGUGAAAUGUCACAAAUACAAUUUGCAAGGAUCAUCAGACACCAGAAAUAUACCAUUCUAAGGCCUGUGGUCGGCAAUGCUGUUUGCCUUCUUAGGUUGUUGGUUUACCUUUCAGAAUUUGUGACUUGUAGUAGUAACACAUUUGAUUAAAUGUGUAUUGAAUUGGAAUCAUUGUUUCUAAAUUCCGCAUUUGAUUUCUUCACGGAUGAUUUCCUUUUCAAGGGAGGAGUUUCCUUAGAGGCAAGACAGCCCUGAUUCUAUCCACAGCCUCCCAUCUGACGUGACUCCCAAGAUGAGCAGGACAGGGCAG